AUGUUAUGUAUGGCCAUCAGCUUUCGUGCCGGAACUUCUUUACCAGGUUUUUUAUGUGCAUCACUUUCUCCGGAAAAUCUAGUUAUAUUAACGGAUAGAUCGGAUUCUCCACAAAUUCUUGAAAAUAUACGUGAAGGAUCGAAAUUAAAUGGAUUUUUAAUAAAUUCAUCACCAUCUCUCAAUAUUACUUCUUCUAAUGAAGCAAUAAUCAAUUCAAACGAAAAAAAUGAUGACGAUGAAAAUGUCCGUCAAAAAAGUGAAAAAGGAGGUGGUCUUUUUAAAUUAUUACGUGAUAUCGAACAAUUAGGAAGAAAAUUAGAUUGGAUUUUGGGUAGUGAUACAUUUUAUGAUCCAAAAGAAGAAAAUAAUGAAAAUUAUUUUUCUAAAAGUCAUAAUAAUAAUGGUGGUGGUGAUGAUGAUGGUAGUAAAAAAUAUUCCUCUUCUUUACAAAGUAUUUUCUUAUUAGAAAUUUGGAAAAUAUAG